UAACGAAGUCCCUGUUUAGUGUUAGGAAAUAAUUGUUUUACGUUAUAAUUUUCACAGGAAGGUUUAAGUAUGGGCGAGGAAAUAUGAUCAAUAACUGGUGUCCAGUUGCCAAACCUAAAGACUGUGGAGAUAUAGACCCAGUACAUUGUAAAAGUGGAGUUUAUACAAUUUUCCCGCCAGGACUUAAACCAUUUGACGUUUACUGUAAACUGACCAAUCAAGGGAAAGCUUGGACGGUUAUUCAAAGACGAUUCGAUGGAAAAAUAGACUUCUAUAGAACCUUGAAUGAAUAUGCACAUGGGUUUGGUAAUCUUAAAGGAGAACACUGGCUUGGUAAUGAUAAAAUACAUAUUUUAACUUCCGGAGGUAACUUUGAGUUAAGAAUAUAUCUUGAGGAUUUUGACGGAGAAGCCAGGUAUGCUUUAUAUAGGAGGUUUUCGGUUGAUGAUGCAAAUUCAAAAUACAAACUAGCAGUUAGUGGUUAUAGUGGAAAUGCAGGGGACUGUCUUACUGGCCAUAAUGGAAGGCUUUUCUCGACUCCUGACCAGGACAAUGACUCCUCUGAAUCUAACUGUGCAGAUUCGAACAAGGGCGGCUAUUGGUAUUAUAAAUGUUAUCGUUCAAAUCUAAAUGGAGCCUAUUUGAAAGACUUCCACAGAGUAGAAAAAUAG